AUGUCGAUCGGCGACUCGCUUCCUCCGCCGCCGGCGCCUGCUCUCGACGGAGUUCCUUUCGAGCUCUGGGAUGAGUCCGAUUUCGACCAGAUCGUCUCCGACGGCUUCGUCUCUAUCUGCGGCUUCGGUCCUCUUCUAUCCGAGAGGGAAGCGAGGAGUGUGUUUCCAAAUUUGAUAAAUUUUACGAUUGCAAGGUUGAGUGGAUUUAGGGCAGUGUUUGCUCACGUUUCUCCUGCUUUCUUCCGACUCGGCAUUGCUAAGCCUGAAACAAAGGAGAUUUCAAGCUUGAGUUUGGAGCCAUGUGAAGGAGAAAGUGUCGUGGUCACCACUUUUCAGAUAUUGAGAUCAGAUAUACCGGCUUUUAUCGAAACCGAGCACGAGUUCCGUUUUCUAGCCGUGAGUUCCGUACUCUCGGUUUUCUUCCGAAAUGAAUGUCCGAUCCGAGCAUCUUAUAGCGAUGAAGAAUAUUUUCAACACAGAUGUAAAGGUGACAAAGGGCUGUACUUUGAACGUUUUGGACGAUACAAGAUUCGAAGGAUAUGGUCAGACGACAUAUUACCGUGUCGUGCUUACCUUCGGCAGUGUGUAAUGGCAGCAGAGGAACUUAAUGAGAUAGCUUAUAACAGUUUCCUAGACCAUACAUUUCUCGGGGAUCGUAAAACGACUAUUCGCGAGUAUCUUUCGACUAAAGGCUUAGGCAUAUUAGACGAGCAGCCUUCCGACUCCUGA